AUGUUCUCACAAACGACCAUUAAAAAUGAUAUCCAAGCAUUCUACAAUGAUGAACUCAUCUCAGCAUAUUUACUGAGUGAGUCUUUAUUAGAAGCUGAACUAGCACCAAUCACUAAGGCCUUUCGAAUGAAUAGUAUAGCGAAUUUUCUUCAAUUACUUUCAUUUGUUCGUACGUAUGUGUUGGGAAAUCAACUUAUGCCUGCAAUUGAGACUGCUUUCAUAUUGCAGCUUAUCACGGAUGAUGGAUUAGCUUGGAGUACAACGGGAGGCAUACUUGUAUUUAACCCACACGGAACUAGUGCCACUUGUGAAUGUACUUCAUCGGCCUCUUGUAAUAUGUGGUCCGCUUUCUACAAUACAAGUUCGCCCGACUUUUCUACGUAUUUGAGUUGGAAACCAACCGCGGUAUCACUUCAAGUGCAAAAUUGGUUUGUCGCUUGCUGGCCCUUGGAGUCACUUCUUCUUUCAUCACUCGACAACAGUUUCUUGAAUAAUCAAACUGCACUAGAUGUUAUUGCAACCAAUUUUAAUUGGCCAUCGAAUUCGACGCCUAUGGCUCUGAAUAUACCGAACGGGAUAAAUCAAACUGUUACGUUCAACGAUACUUUGCAGACAUCAUUCAUAGAAAAUUUCUCGACAGAACUCAACUAUUCACUUUAUUAUGCUGAAUGUCGUCCACGAUCGUGCUUCUACUGGAUUAAUCAACACUCCAGCUUUUUAUACAUAUUCACUACUCUUCUUGGAUUGUAUGGAGGUCUAUCAGUUGUUCUUCGAUUACUUAUUCCACAUGUGGUCGGCUUCUUGGUUCGAUAUUUGAAUCGAACAUCACCUCAACUUCUUGCUGUUGAUGCUGUGACAGCAAGAGUGUCGUGGAAACAACGAGCACGAACAAUGGUAAAGAUCAUACGAGAUGCACUUGUUGAUCUCAAUCUGUUCAAAUCAUCGCUUCGACAGCAACCAUCCGAUAUCAAACAACAACGUUGGACAACACGAAUCUAUAUUACACUACUCACUGUUGCUCUUAUCAUUUUAGCACUUCAUGGGAUACUGAGUUUCGAAUCAAAAUUGAUUGAAGUGAGUAAGCCUUCAUUUAGUACUGUGCAACAAUUACAAUCUCAGACCAACAUAAUUUCUUCUUUACAAUGCCCAUGUACACAACUAACCGUUCCCUUUGGACAGUUUAUUCAACUCCAGCCAUUGUAUCAUCAAGUAUGCUCCAGUGAUUUUGUAACAGACGACUGGAUAAAGGGUUUCGAUGAUCUUACUGAUCUCUCAUUUAUCGCCAACUCUACUGAUUUUCGAUUUAGCCAGCCGCUUUUUGUGCUUCUGCAAGCUCUAUGCGUGUAUUCUAAUGAAACAAUUGUGGAUGCAUUGCAAACAUUUCAAAAUACUACACUGGUCAGUGCUCAAUUGCUUACAGUCAAUGACUUUACAAAUCAAACAUCCGCUGUUAUUCGUCAAUUUAAAUUGGAAACAACAAGUACCUUCAUACACUUUGUUCAACUUCUAAUUUCACAAAUGUUUAUCGAAUCUUGGUCUAACUCUACAAAUUAUUCAUCCUAUUUUGCUCAGUGUCAACCAGCAUCAUGUUCUUAUACGAUUCCACAACGUAAUAACUUAAUAGAAACAAUAACAAGAAUUGUUGGUCUGAUCGGUGCUCCUCCUCGGGCGCGUUUUGUGACAGUUGGUAUUAAGAUUCGAGAUUGGCUCAAGAAAGUGAAUGUAUUUGAGGAUACAAAUCGUGUAGUCAGUACUGAGCAACAAUGUCUAGCAACACGCGUAUAUAUACUUCUUCUCAUCAUUUCAUUAAUCAUUCUCAUUAUAUACACUUCGUUAACCUAUUACUUGAAUACAUUCACAAUAACAAAUCCAUCUCUUGAACAAUAUCAACAGUUACAAGAACGCUAUGGAUUAGCUGCUGUCAGUUGUUCAUGCUCUCGAUCGUCUAUUACACAAUCAACAUUUAUCGAACUGGAAUGUAAAUUUCAUCCAGUGUGUACAAGUCAUUUUGUUUCUGAUUCAUAUCUGCAAGAACUAUUUGAAUUGUACAAUGAUUUGGAUACGACAUAUGCAUCCUCAAACGCAUAUACACUUCAAGGUACCAUUUUCACUCAUUUCCAAACUCUUCUUGUCUUGUGCAAUUUGGCAAAAGAUUUCGCAUUAGAUGCUCAACAACAAUACCUUGCUUCGACACGUUUCUUUGCAUCCAUACCACGUUAUAUCAAAGUUCUGGUUGGGCUUACACUAUUUAUACUUGUAGUAGCUGUCAUCGUUAUCCCAUCUAUUUAUCUUACUCGACAAGGUCCAAUUCAAACUGCGCUAACAAGAAACACCGUGAGUAUUCUCCUUGGAAUCGGUAAUGGGAGAUUUGGAUCACAAGCAACGUUUCCGGUUGGUCGUUUCCCAUCAUCGAUCGCUGUCGGAGACUUCAAUGGCGAUGGUCCACUAGAUCUAGUAGUUACCAACAGUGCUGAUAAUACCAUGAGUGUAUUACUUGGAACUGGCACUGGUAGUUUCGGACCACAAAUAUUAUAUUCAACUGGUCUUAGUCCACAAUGGAUCGUUGCCAAAGAUAUCGAUGGCGAUGGUCAACUAGAUCUUGUUAUUGUCAACGGCUACUCGAGCAAUGUAGGUGUGAUGCGUGGAAUUGGGAAUGGGAAUUUCACAUCACAAAAAACAUAUCCGACUUUCGCUAAUCCGACUUGCGUUGCUGUCGAUGAUUUCGAUGGUGAUGGUUGUCUAGAUCUUGUAGUUAUCAGUUCCACCUGGCCCCUUAUGAGUGUGUUACUUGGAACCGGACAUGGAGAUUUUCGAUCGCAAACCAUGUUUACAUAUGGUCAUACGUGGUUUGCGAUCGUUACUAGUGAUUUCAACGGUGAUAGUCGACCGGAUAUUGCUGUCACUUACAUCUCACAAUCGAUGCCUAGUGUUGGUAUACUAACUGGAACUGGUAAUGGAUCUUUUGAAUCACAAGUCAGAUUUUUAACUGGUGUUACUGGUCUACCGUACAUGGUUGCUGUUAGUGAUAUUAAUGGUGAUGCUCGACUUGAUCUUAUUGUCGCGUUCAACUCUUUGGCUAAGGUGGGUGUGUUCCUUGGAGCCGGAAACGGAUCUUUCGGACUACCAAUCAUGUUUUCAACUGGUUCUGGCUCUACACCAUAUGGAGUCGCUGUCGUUGAUUUCAAUAACGAUGGUCGACUAGACAUUGCUGUUACCGAUACCGCACACAAGACUAUGAACAUUCUUUUGAAUACAUGUACGUGA